AAAGAGGAACGUUGAAACAGUCAGUCUAUUAUCACGUUGCAGCGGAGCCAAGAUGAAGGUCAUCGCUUUCCUCGCACUCUGGGUGACCCUGUUCCACCAGGGAUACAGCAACUCUCUGGACACAUGUGUGGGUCGCUGUGGUUACGGCACCGACAACAGUUUCUCCUGUCAGUGUAACCCGUCCUGUGAGGGCUUCAAAGACUGUUGCUCUGACUACACCGACGUUUGUAAAACUUCGGCCUUAUCUUGUAAAGGCAGAUGUGAUGAGAAAUUCAAUUCUCAGAACGAGUGCCACUGCAACUCCAAGUGUGCCCAGCACCAAAACUGCUGCAGCAACUACGCAGACCUCUGUGACAGUGAUGGAGGAGGCGACGGCGGCAGUGGUGGUGUGAUCACUGAUGCUGAGAUCAAGUCUGUCUCUGAGGCGCUCUACGCUCUGGAUUCAAACAAGGCUUCGUCCUCGGAGCUGAUCAUUAACCCUCAGGCUCUGGUGCACGACUCUCAGACCAGCUCCAUGAACGAUCUCUCCUCUGGAAACUUGUUCCGAUACCUGAACGAGAAGGUUCUGUUCUCCAGGCCCACCUACACUGCCUUCCUGGCGGUGCUGGACAACUAUAACAGGAUGACCGGUCAGAAUGAAGACUUCAGCCCGCAGCAGCUGGCCGAGCAGGAAGACUUCGUCAGGGAGACCAUGGCCAACACCGAGUUGGGCCGCGAGCUGUUUGCUUUCCUCUACACCAAGGGCGUCUACGCUUCAGAGGAAGAGUUCCUUCAGGACCUGAAGAUGAUGUGGUUUGGUCUGUACUCUCGCAACAACAACAAGAAGGACUCCAGCGGCUUUGAACACAUCUUUGCAGGUGAGAUCAAGGGAGGAAAAGUGUCUGGGUUCCACAACUGGAUCCAGUUUUACCUUCUGGAGAAAAGCGGAAAGCUGAACUACUACAGCCACAGCUUCAAUGGGCCUUGGACUUCCUACCCUGAUGUCCUGGGAAUGCAGUUUAUGUGGGAGGGCUACUUCAAGCAGGUCGGAUCUGCAGUCAUUGGCUGCAGCCCUGAAUUUGACUUUGCUUUGUACAGCCUCUGCUACAUCACUCGCCCUGGAAAACAGUGUCGCCUGAGCCUGGGAGGGAAGGAGCUCAUGAUCCAAACAUACACAUGGGAAAACUCUUUCUACGGCGAUGGGAAGAAGUACAUCGGCUCUGCAUUUCCUGCAACCCCCAGGAACUAAAGCUGACAUCUUCUAAAUAACAAGCAAACAUUUCAUAACCCUCAUUAUGUAAUCACUUGAAAUAAUAAUAUUCCCAAGAAAAAGGAUUUUCUCAGUGAGAGGUCUUCAUAAAUGUAAUUCAACUUUUCUGUUUAAAAUAAAAUACAAAUAAAAAAGAUUUUUAUGGAUAUA